AUGUUUGGAUUCUAAUAUGUAUAAUAUAUCAAAAAAAAGAUAUUAUUUAAUUUAUCGUUUUUGAAAAUUUAUGUCGACUAACUUGUGUAAUUAUAUUUUCUAUCUUUAGAGCAAGUAGAAGAAAUUUAACAUAUAAUAUAAAAGGAAUAAAACAAGUAAAUAAUGCAUAUAUUAUUAGAGAUUAAAAAUAAAUGAACAAUGCAGUAUGGAGCUAAUAAAUUUGCAUGAUUGUCUUCUAAGCAAUUUAUGGAUUAUUGUUUUAUUUAUUUUCUACUACUCCUGGUUAUUAUGGUAAUAAUUAUUAGAUUUUUAGGUGACGAGAGUAGCUGUAUUUAUUUGAGAAAAUAUUCUUAUUAUUUAGGAGUUGCUACUUUGUUGCUUGUUACAUUACAUUUGUAAAAGAAUUUGUUAUAUUCUAGUCUGUUUUUACUUUAUUCUUGUUUUUAAAAUAAAGUUGAUUUUCUGUUAUCUGCUGAGGGAUGUUUGAAUGCAAUUUAUGGAAUAUUUUCUUUUGUAAUUUGGAUAAUGUUAUGGGUAUUUAUUAAUUUUAAUAAAAAGGUUGCCUUAGGGAAAGGAGAAGAAUGUGGAAGCUUGAACACUUUGGUUUGGGUUUUCACAAUUUUAAUUAUUUUAGGAAUUUUUAUGAGUUGCUGCUUAUUAUUCUGUGGAGUAGUAAUAUCAGCUAGCUAAAAAUGAAUAGAAUAAAAAUUAUUUGGUCAAUAAAAU